CAAUCGGAGCGCAGCGCAGCAGAUUUGGAUCCUCAUCUGAAGUCGCCGCUGUUUGAGCUCAAGGCGAAGCGGCGCAGCAGACGUGGUGUGUUUACAACCAGUUUUACGUGGCGUCGGUCCUGUUCGAAGCGAGCGACUGCAUCACCGAUUCCGAUCUAAGAGUCCAGUGCAGCCGCUGCAGUGUUCGUGUUACGCGACAGCCAUGCCGUUUCCCAAGGGAAAGAAGCCCACGGUGACCGCGGGCAGCAGGAUACCGAAGUUCAACCCAACAAAGACGGAGAACCAGCAGGAGGAAGGUCCGCAGGUGAAGAGGUCCUCCUCCCCUCCUCAUGGAGCGCCCAAGAAGAGGACCGCGUUCAUCGACCUCACCAACGCUGUCGGUGCGAGUCUGUCAGACUGUCGGCCCAACAGCGACGGCGGACGCGGCUCAGCGCAUAAGGUUCAGAUCAGUCUUCCAGGGAGGAAAAAAGAAGCAACGAAGAAGGUGGUGAACAAAAGCUCCUCGGUGGCUGUAAAGAAGCAGUCCACCCUGAAAAAGCCUUUGUCUGUGAGCUCAGAGGGACCGCCUGCUGAGGUGGAGAAGCCCGAUGUGGAGGUGGAGAAGCCCGACGAAGAGGAGGCACAGCACGGUGCAGCAGCUCCAGUAGAAGAGCUGGCAGCUGCUCUGCCCCCUGUUGCCCGAGAAGUGCCAGCGCACCUGCAGAGACAGCAGAUCCCUGUGGAAUUUGACAUUGACUCUGAGAACUCUGAGGACAGUUACAUGUGCCCAGAAUACGCCAAGGACAUCUUUGACUAUCUCAAACAGAGAGAGGAGAAGUUCGUCCUGUGUAACUACAUGCCUCAGCAGCCCAGCCUCAACUCUGAGAUGAGGGCCAUCCUGAUCGACUGGCUCGUUGAAGUGCAGGAGAACUUUGAGCUGUACCACGAGACCCUCUACCUGGCUGUGAAGAUGACGGACCACUACCUGUCCCAGACCCCCAUCCACAGGGAGAUGCUGCAGCUGGUCGGCUCCACCACCAUGCUCAUAGCCUCCAAGUUCGAGGAGCGCAGUCCGCCGUGCGUUGACGACUUCCUGUACAUCUGCGAUGACGCGUACAAGAAGGAGGAGCUGAUCUCUAUGGAAGCCAGUAUCCUGCAGACGCUGUCCUUUGACAUCAACAUCCCAAUCCCCUAUCGGUUCCUCAGACGCUAUGCCAAGUGUGUGAGUGCCGGCAUAGACACGCUGACUCUGGCGCGCUACUACUGCGAGAUGAGCCUGCUGGAGAUGGAGCUGGUGGUGCAGAGGGGGUCGCUGGUGGCCUCAGCCUGCCUGCUGAUGGCGUUGGUCACCAAAGACCUGGGAGGAUGGUCUCCCAUCCUGCAGUUCCACUCUGGCUACCAGGUGUCGGACGUGGCUCCCGUCGCCCGAAAGCUCUACUCGAUGCUCUGCACUCCUCCUGACGAUAAGUUGAAGGCAAUCAGGAACAAAUACUCUCAUAAGGUGUUUUUUGAAGUUGCCACACUACCGUUGGUCAACAGUGGCGUUUUGGAAAAAGCUUUAUCCCAAUGAGAGCCACUCUGUCCACGAGAACUUGUAAAUAAUUUGUUAAUAUGUUCAAUAUUUAUACACCCCAAACUAGUAUUUUAUAUUGUAUUGAAUAAAUGUUAUGUUACUAAUUGGAAAAAUGUUUUAACAUAUCCAUUUAUUAUGUUUGUACCAGGUUGUUUUAGUGUUUUUGUUAGUUCCCUUUUUAUAUCUUUUAAAAAGUGAUGCCGUUGGUAACGUGGAAGCCUCUGUUCGCUCAUGCAGAUUCGCUUUUACUGAUUAUUAAAUUAUGCACUGGCCCACAUAUUUAUAGGUUUUCAUCCGCCGUUGAAGUUGAAGCGAGCAGUUGCAUAUUUUGUUAUGUUGUACAGUGUUUAUCAUGUUAAUAUUGUUGUAAAAGAUGAUGGAAGAUGCUGUGCUAUUUUUAAAUGGCUCUCAUCUGUACUCUUGCAAAUAAAGGCUUGUUUUGAUUUAAACUGCU